AUGUAUAUUUUAUGUAUUUUAGUCGGCAUUGGAGCAAUCACCGAAAAACAUGUGGAUCAAAUAUUAAAUGAUGUAGCCGAAAAAGUCCAGGUAAUACAUCAGCAAGUAGAACUUGUUACUAGCUCAAUUCCUGCUAUGAAACGAAUCAGAAGAGGUUUUAAUGCCAUGCCUAAAAGUGUUUGCACAUCAAAGAAUCUCUUUUCAUUUCAUUUUGAUAUAUUUCAGGCCUCUUGCAUCGAUUUAGACGAAUAUUUCUUAGCGUUUGAAUAUUUUCUUGGUUUUUUGCCGUAUUUAGUAGGCAUUGUGAAAAUGUCAGGUAUAAACAAAGAAAAGAUUGACAACACGAUAAACUUGAAGGCGAUGAAGAGGCAUAUGAAGGAUAAAAUGACUUUUAAGGAAUAUAUUAGCGUGACGUACUCCGAUACCGAAAAACUCAAGCGAUUUCAGGCCCAUCUUCUCGAGUCUCUAAAAAAAAUACGCUCAAUAAUCACAAAUUUUGAUUAUCUUUAUAAAAGAGUAGAAAACGGCGUAACUGUUGAUCUUUGUUUGUUGAAAGCGUUGAAUACAAAUCAUUCUUGCGUUGAUUGCGCUCCGUUACCGUCAACUAGCAAAAUAUUUAGUGAGAUAAAAAUUGCUGAAAUUGAAAUAUAAUAAGUACAUUGCUGAGAAAAAACACUUAACAAUACCAUGAACAUGAAUUAACAGUAUUAUU